CGCUUCCCUACCUCUUCCAACUCCCUUUCCCACUCGCCGUCUACCCUGACGACCUCACGACCAUCGCGAACGCCUUACGCCUGCUCACGACCCACUCCUCACGAUCUGCAAGAUGCCCAACGUCGAUAACCAUAUACGCAGGGGACACCCCGUCGUCUUCGGCCUCCUCGUCGGUUUUGGUCUCAUCGAGAUCGCGAUUUCUGGCUGGCUGACAGGCGUGUAUAACCGCCACCACAACUACCUCAACACCUCCGUCCGCGACCGUACUCACUACAUCCUCUUCGUCUCCGCGUGGACCGUCCUCUUCGGCCUGUUCUACCUCGCCCUCUUCUUGCACUCCGCGGCAAACGGUUCCGUCGCCACCAGCGUGCUCAGCCAUGGUGUAUUCCUGUUCAUCACCUGGGUCCUGUGGGUUGCCGCCGCCGCAAGUAUCACGGCCGCACUGGGUGGGGGCCUUGACUGCAACCUCAACUAUACAUAUUGCGGUCAGCUCAACGCUCUGGAGGCUUUCGCGUGGAUAGAAUGGAUCCUCAUAACCCUCGCACUUAUCGUUGUAAUCUUCCGCGGUGUUGCCGCGACGAGAAGAGGCGAUGGGCUCAGGGGUCAACUUGUCGCUUGAUAGUGACUGCCUCCCAAACGAGUCGCUUCAUGUGGCGACCAUGAUACCCCUCCCUCUUUUGUGCUUUGGGUGGUUAUUAGUGUACUAUUCCCGUAUAAACGGUUCUUGGUGUCAGAUUUCAGCGGCAUGACAUGUAUCGGUACACUAAUACCGCUUCUGUUGUAAUUCUCGAUGCGCGUGUUUGUUCCAUUAUUGCCAGUGCGUUUUGUGAUACC